UCAAACUAAACAGCACGGGGGCAGGAUCGGGACGAUACGAGCUGUAUAAAAACACAAUAACAAAGCUGGAUUUACUGGAUACAUAGCCCAAAGAGCACCGAAGAAGACUUACCGCUACACCAGAGGCCUCCCUCUGCCUGCCUCUCAGGAUGUCCAGCGCGGCGUCGCUGUAGUGGAGAAGAUCGUCACUUUAUUCAGAUCUGGAGACAGUUUCUCGGCCAGUUGAUAAUCAUGCCUCGCUUAAGUGUCAGUCCAAGUUCAGAGCCUCGCUGUGGCCUGGUCUGGCUCAUCUGUGUCCUCUUAAGCCUCUCAGCGACACACACUCAUGCCAGAAUGGCCGUUACUGUACCUGAGAAGGUUAGCCUGUCAGCAAACAUGAACACACAGCAGCUAUCUGUAUCCUGGUUGGGAGGAGCAGCCACGACCUUUGACCUCAUCAUUCUAAGGACUGAAUUCAAUGAAACUGUCUUCUAUGAGACGGUGUCAGCGACCGUGAGUCAGGAGAGCGGUCGCCACGAAUGGAACUGGACCUCAGUCGAACCUCUGGAGUGUACGUCGCUGUCAGUCAGAAUCCGCUCAAGAGACGGACAGUUGACGAGUGACUGGAGCAACACUCAGAUACUUCAAGGACGAGACCUCCCCAGCAAUAAGGCUUUCCAGCUGUACCCUCAGGACAGAAUUGUUCCUGUGGGGGGCAACACCACCUUCUGUUGCAUUGUGAAAGAGGGGGAGGUCUUUGGUAGCAUGUACUACGGCAACACAAAUGUGAACGCAACGCGGCUGAGUAGACGGACAUAUGCCAUGACAGUGGUUAAUCAGGGGCCAUCUGGACAGACGGGAACCAACGUGGUUUGUUUCACGAGCAAGCAGAAGCUGACGGGCGCAGUCGUGUUUAAUGGAUAUCCACCACAACCCAGUGAUUUUGUGUGCGAGACUCACGAUUUAACGUCAGCCGUGUGCCAGUGGAACGGAGGACGAGACACUCACUUGUAUGGCAAACGGCAAACUCGCUACUCGGUGAACAAAAGGGCCUGUGCCGAUGACAGCUCAUGGGGGCAACAGAAGAACUGCAGCGUGCCUGAGUGGGAGGGUAACUGGACACUGGUAGCUGUCAAUCUUCUUGGUCAGUACAGCCUCACAGACUCUGCUGAACUCAGCCACCGAGUGCGUCCAGUGGCUCCAGUUGAGCUGAGCGCCGUCGUCCAUGCCUGGAACGCCACCGUGCUGUGGCAGUUGAAGUACGACAGCUAUUCUUCCCUGGCUCUCGUCUGUCAGGUCGAGCUCACCGGCGACGGCCACAAAACAAAGCGUACCUUCACCGGUGUGGGCCUGCGGUCUGUGGUCUUGUCGGACCUGCAUCCCGAUGAGGAUUACAGUGUUCAGAUCCGCUGCGGUGCCCAGCAGAAUUUCUGGAAGUGGGGAAACUUGAGCAAACCAUUUUCCUUCAAAACCAAGACCGAUGUUCCAGAUGCCCCUGAUGUGUGGAUGUGGAGGAACAGAGACGGAACUGGGCAGGUCAUUUGGAAGCCUCUAACACGAAGACAGAGCCACGGUCAGCUCACAGGUUAUGAAGUCACUUUCUGGAACCCUGAAGAGAAUAUACAGCACACAGAAAUCUUGUCACCGGAUGCGAGUGCUGUACCAAUCAAUCUCACACGAAUGGCUUACUUCAGCGGUGACAGCAAGGUCAUAGCAACUGUGAUUGCAAAGAACGCCGAUGGGGUGUCUCCGCCUGCAAGUGUGUCUCUACGUCUGACAGAUGUGGAGCCUCCAGCUGUGUCCAGGGCAGUUUAUACAGACGAAGGCUUCCCUCUGUUCUGGCAGAGCAAUGCCAGCGCCACCUGUGGUUACGUGCUAGAAUGGCAUGAAACCUCCUUCUCAUGUGACUGUCCUGUGGAGUGGAUAAAGGUGCCUGCUGGAGACACUAAUGUCACCGUUGAGUCAGUCAAUUUCAAGCCGGGUGUGAGAUACAACUUCUCCCUGUACAGCUGCCCCUCAGAUUCCCCAGAGCUGCUGCAGCGCUGGCAGGGAUACACACAGGAGCUGGUUCCCUCUGGGUCCGUCAGUCUGUCAACCACUCAGCAAGACUCUGACGUUCUCCUUACCUGGGGAUCGAUUCCGAUGGUCGACAGAAGAGGAUUCCUCUUGGGCUACAACGUUUACAUCAGUAAUGGUUCCCAACUCGCACUUAUAGCCAAUUUGUCAGACCUGGAAGCCAGCAGCUACACAGUAAAGGGUCUCUCUCUGGGCUCUUAUAAGUUUACUGUCAAGGCCUACACUUCAGCAGGCGAGGACACAGGCGCCACUGCAUCUAUAACGCUGGAGCCAUACACUGAUUGGCUCAUCCUGGAAAUGUUGGUUUCUUUGGGAAUCAUCUUCCUAACACUGGUCAUUGCCACCUUCAUUUGCUACAAGAAAAGGAACUGGGUGAAAAAGGCAUUCUAUCCGGACAUACCUGAACCCAAGCUGCCCAGUGAUUGGUCCAGUGCACAGGGCCCGAUGGAUGUGAAGCCGUCUCCCCACAGUAUGGUCCAUAUCGUAGAGAAGCCUGAGUGGGAUUCCAGUAAAGAGGUGCUGGUGGUCAUUCCUGAAGAAGACGAGGACGACGAGGGGCACGGGAUAGGAGAUGAGCCGGUCGACACAGAUGAGCCAACGUCAUUACGCUACUACAACCAAGUGGUAGACGAGCGCCCGAUAAGACCACGUUUUCCAGAUUCCUCUGCUUCUUCCGCGUCUUCGUUGGAUUCAGCACACACAGAUGUAACGUACACUGGGAUCCAGACCUCCGGGUCCUCUUUGGUCUUCCAGCUGGAUCCACAGGGCUCCUCUGAGGGCCACCAACCCCAGGCUGAUCACUCUGACGGCAACGGAGGUGGAGGUUACCAGCCACAGAUGCAAUCUCGAGCCCCGAGCGAUGGCAUGGGCCUCGCUUCGGCUGAGCCUUUCUUAGAGCCCCAGGCUGCCUGUUCUGGGGGCUACAAACCCCAGAGGUCCUGGCAUUUGGACUCCCCCGAGGAGGCUCAGGAAAGGGGGAGCCUGGCACCCUCUCUGGGAUCCCCCACCUCUAUCGCUUCCACUCAGUUCCUCCUCCCCGAUGGAGAGGAACACGAAGACGAGAAGCGACAGCAAUCAUCGGCAGCAACGUGGUUCACCAACCUGCUGUCGUCCACAAAACCAUGAUAUCAUCUCACUUUCACUACACAGCAGCCAGGCCAGGGGGGUUCCCGUAAACGUUCUUUUCCAUUACUGUUGCCAGUGUCAUGUAUCAACAAGCCUAACCUGUGUGGUUUAGGUAAACGCCCCCUCUGACGUAGCACCACGGUGUUUCAGCUUUUUAAGGUGUUUUUACAAAACAUACAGAAAUGCAUAUCUAGUUAUUUUGUCUUCCUUGCAAACAUCAUAAAUCAAAAUCUGUAUAUUUGUAUAUCAAAACAUUUCUAUCUUAGCAACAAAUCUGGUCAAACGAUUUGUUCUUAUUGCUUUUAAAGCCAUUUUUAAUGCCCCCCUGGGAACCUGGUGGCUGUUAGAUCCUCUCACUGUCUUUAUUGUGACACGGUGUAAUGGGCAUUUUAAAGUGGCAUAUCCUGUGUUUCAGUUGAUUAUGUCCAGUUUCUAGCUUGCAUUUCAGAUGUUUUUUUUGUGACGUGAACUGUACUACACCGAAGAAGAAAACCGAAAGCAUGAACGUUUCAAACCCGAUGACGGCGCCGGCCGUAAAACCACGGAACGUUUCUGGAAGAACGUUACAAAAUCGGAGACAGCUAAGAGAACAGAAAACGCUCCUCCCGUUACAGCACCCAUGUCUCCUGCUGGUCCACCGUCGUGGUCGUCUUGCCUGCUUUUGGACAGUUGAUGAGCCACUAAAAGGAAAAAAAAAAUGUAAAGGUGUCACUUCCUGGAUCAAAGGUAGCUUCCAUCGUGAUCUAUUUUUCACUAAUUACUGGUUGAACAGAUGUUAAUUGAAACAUGCACUUAUGAGAACAGUCAUAAUUGCACCGAGAUGCAGGAGCGAUGCUUUCUAUUAUGGUCUGGAAUUGCGUGGGUGACGAGCCCAUUGGGGUUAUACACUGAUAUAAGCUAGAACAUGAAUUCAAAACUGAUGUAAUUUAAUGAAUGAACACUAUUUUGUUACUUUUUUGAGUGUUUUUGUUAGAGUUUAUUUUUUAUUUUUUCCUUGUUAACAAACACAUUUCACUGUCAGGCCAGUGUCCUUUUGUUUUCCUGCUAUGUCUUGUGCACUAUCCUGAAGUCGAUGAUUGGUAUCAAGCAUUUUCAUGUAUAGGAGUUAACCUUUGGGGGGGUAAUUUCAAUGUUUUAGUUGCCUUGCUAAAAGUGAUGCUUCCAGUGAUUUGCACCGUAUCACCUUUCACACACUGCCUUACUCCUGAAUCGUUGCAAUGCAGUUCACAACUGAUCCAAAAUACGUUAUUUCAGACUUAUAUAUAUUCCACUGGCACUGAGCGUAAUGUACACCAGAUGUCCGUUUUAGUGAGUGGUUUAGUUUGAUUUGGUUGCCCCCUGAGUGUAUUUGUGUGAAGCAAAGAAUUCUUUGAUUGUUUUAUUUUUUUAAACCCAGACUUGGGCAAUAAUGAAUUUGAUGUGGAUUUAAUAUGGAUUUGAGAUGAUUUUAAGCUUCUUUAUUUUCCAAGAGAUCCAAGUCUACACUACAUUUUAUUUUUUUAAUGUCGCUCUCUUCUUGUUGCUUUUUGUUUUGAAGCAAACUUGUUGGUUUUAUAGUUGGAAAAAGGGACCAAGGGAAAAGCAUAAAUUAGAAAUGAAAGAGAGUUUCCAGAAUUGUCGACAGAGACCGGGGAAAUUACCUCGCUCGCUCGACAGCUCUUCAGGUUCACCACAAUCGCUUGGGUACGGUGUGUGUGCUAAGGAUGCACCAUUGGCUAGACUUCCCAAAAGCAUCAGUGUGCAGAGCUCAUCCUUUGACAUACUAAUGCAGUAAACAGGAUGUUAUUUUAUUGUUGGUUUUUUUUUUUUAGAGUCGAGCCCUGGCUUGCUAGCGUGGCAGCCCUCGGGUUUGUUGUUUCUCAGUGCCUCCAGCCAACAAGCUUUAAUUAAAACUACUGUGACAUGAAUAAUGACUCGGAUUAACCAUGAUGGAUGUCUUCACAGAUGAAGUGGUAACAGGCAGGCAGUCGGUCCUCUUUUGACUACUGAGAAAAAUGUAUCCCCCCCCUUUAUUUGUCUUGCCAAACUGAUCAGAACUUUUGACUAAUUGCUAGAAAGCUACACUGAGUGACUGUGUGGGAUCAGUCAUUGUUUGACGGCAGUGUUAAAGGGUGGAUAUAUUUUUGAGUAUUUAAAUAUGUGUGCAGAUUGCUUUCCUUUGAAGCGUGCUGUCUUAAACAAGCAGGACUUCAAAGAUUUUAUUGUUACGUGAUUUAUGUUGAUUUGGAUCAACACAUUCGCACCUUUUCAUUUUCCUCUAAAUCAGCUUUUUUUAUGCAACUAACUGUACAUAACUGUCAUUUUCUGUCGUUUGUUUUUGUUCUUACAAAACAAGAUGUGUUACAUUAGAUGAGAUUAUAUGUCCUGUACUAUAAAGAUGACUAACCAGUUUUCUUCAGAGAAAAAAAAGCAAAUGUUUGUGUUGCUGCCGCCAGAUUAAGAGUCAUAUAAAAUGUAUAUUUGUCGUGUGCUUAUACACAUGAACAGUGUUGCUGAAGAUUCAUGUAAACUGAAUUGUGAUCCUGUUUUUUUCCAGUUUUGCCGGCUUUGCAUUGCUACCUUAUCGCUUUGGAAGACACAGUAUGAGUCGGGCCUGUGUGCUGCUGACAUUCAGUUUACCUUUCACCACAUUAUGACAUCGUCCAUCCACAUUUUAAACGGGAACUUGCGCCGCACAACGUUGCAAAUCCGUGGUGUAUACAGCUGAGUAAACCGGCUGCCUUACACGUCUUCAUCUCUUGUCCUAGAUGUUUUUUGUGAAAUCGAUGCAUGCUGCAUAAACUUAUUACUACAAAACAGUGGCUCAUAAACCCUUAAAGUCCAUGUUUAUGUUACCCGACGGCUUCCAACACUAACACUGACUAAUGUUGUGCAUGACAACAUGACUGAAGCAUUGUGCGUCAAAAAAAAAAAUGCCUUUGUUACUGAAAAUGCUUUAAAAUUCAUGAUAUUUUGUAGAUUAUUUUAUUGAAUGAAAACAGACGGUGAAUCGCUGAAUAAGUAAAUGUUAACACUAAUAACACAAACUGAGAUGCUACUUGUUUAAAGGCAAUAAAGUGAUUUGUCUGGCCACUUA